AUGGCCCCAAGAGCCUUCCAGGGGCGACGGCGCACCCGGGGGCCUUACCAGGGACGGCAGCACCUCCAUGGGCCCUCUCUAUGGGUGGCAACGUCCCUAGAGGCCCUUUUCAAGGCCGGCGGUGCCUCCAAAGACCCUCCCAAGGGCAGUCGUGACCCCAAGGGCCCUGCCAGGGGCGGCGACGCUCCCAGGAGCCCUGCCUGGGGCGGCAUCGCCUGCAAGGGCACUUUCAGGGAAGGUGGAGCCCCAAUAGGCCCUGCCAGAGGCUGUAGCACUCCCAAGGCCUCUUCCAGGGGCUGUGGCGCCCCCAGGUCUCUCUCAGGAGCAGCGGCGCCCUCAAGGGCCCUCCCAAAAGCGGCGGAUCCCUUAGGGGCCCUACCAUUAGCUGUGGCACCCCCAGGACCUCUUCCAGGAACUGUGGAGUCCCCCGUGCGGCGCUCGCAGGGGCAUUCCCAGGGGCAACAGCGCACCCAGCGGCCCUUCCAGGGGCAGUGGCUUCCCCAAGGGCCCAACUUAGGGGUGCCGGCGCUCCCCGGGGCCCUCUCAGGGGCAACGGCGGCCACAGGUGUCCCUGUCAGGGGCUGUGGUAUCCUCAGGGCCUAUUCCAGAGGGUCUGGCGUCCGCAGGGUCCUCCUAGGCGCGGCGGCGCCCCGUGGGGCCCUCCCAAGGGCAGCAGGGCCCCUGGGGCUCUCCUUUGGGGUGGAGAAGCUCUCCUGGACCCUCUCAAGGGCAGCGACGCCCCAAGGGGCCCCUGACAUGGGCUGUGACGUCUCAAGGGGCCCUAUUAGGGCGAUGGCGCCCCAGGAGUCUUCCAAGGGGCGUGGACGCUCCCAAGGGACCUCCCAGAUGCUGAGGCGGGGCCAUCCCACGGGUGGGGGCGCCCCCAAAGUCCCACCAUUGGCCGGCGAACCUGCAAGGACCCUCCCAGGGGUGGUGGUGGCCCCACGAGCCUUCCAGGGGCGACGGCGCACCCGGGGGCCUUACCAGGGACGGCAGCACCCCCAUGGGCCCUCUCUAUGGGUGGCAACGUCCCUAGAGGCCCUUUUCAAGGCCGGCGGUGCCUCCAAAGACCCUCCCAAGGGCAGUCGUGACCCCAAGGGCCCUGCCAGGGGCGGCGACGCUCCCAGGAGCCCUGCCUGGGGCGGCAUCGCCUGCAAGGGCACUUUCAGGGAAGGUGGAGCCCCAAUAGGCCCUGCCAGAGGCUGUAGCACUCCCAAGGCCUCUUCCAGGGGCUGUGGCGCCCCCAGGUCUCUCUCAGGAGCAGCGGCGCCCUCAAGGGCCCUCCCAAAAGCGGCGGAUCCCUUAGGGGCCCUACCAUUAGCUGUGGCACCCCCAGGACCUCUUCCAGGAACUGUGGAGUCCCCCGUGCGGCGCUCGCAGGGGCAUUCCCAGGGGCAACAGCGCACCCAGCGGCCCUUCCAGGGGCAGUGGCUUCCCCAAGUGCCCAACUUAGGGGUGCCGGCGCUCCCCGGGGCCCUCUCAGGGGCAACGGCGGCCACAGGUGUCCCUGUCAGGAGCUGUGGUAUCCUCAGGGCCUAUUCCAGAGGGUCUGGCGUCUGCAGGGUCCUCCUAGGCGCGGGGGCGCCCCGUGGGGCCCUCCCAAGGGCAGCAGGGCCCCUGGGGCUCUCCUUUGGGGUGGAGAAGCUCUCCUGGACCCUCUCAAGGGCAGCGACGCCCCAAGGGGCCCCUGACAUGGGCUGUGACGUCUCAAGGGGCCCUAUUAGGGCGAUGGCGCACCAGGAGUCUUCCAAGGGGCGUGGACGCUCCCAAGGGACCUCCCAGAUGCUAAGGCGAUACUAG